GAUCCCACAGCUUGGGGACUAGAGGGUCAUGGGAGAUGUAGUCCUGCUGGCCAUGGCCACGUCGCCCGAUCGCCUCCUGGACCAGGUGCGACUCCGAGUGGCUCAGGUGCACCAGAACACUGAUCCGGAGCAACAACUCCGCUUCUACGACGCCUGGGCUGCGGACUAUGAGCAGGAUGUGUCUGUGCUGCAGUACGAAGCGCCCAGGUUGGCAGCUGCCCGCCUGGCCUCCGUCUUCCAAGGAGACCCCCAGGAUGCCCUGGUGCUGGAUGUGGCCUGUGGCACGGGGCUGGUGGCCCAGGAGCUCCAGGCGUUGGGUUUUCGUCACCUCCACGGCGUCGACGGGAGCCAAGGGAUGCUGGAAAGCGCCCGGCGGAAGGGAUUGUACCAGGAUCUGAAGCGGUGCCUCUUGGGCCAAGAAGCGGUGCCAGCUCCAGAAGGUUGCUACGACGCCGUCGUGAUCGUGGGCGCCCUCAGCGAAGGACAAGUCUCCGCCAGCGUUGUCCCAGAGUUGCUCCGUGUCGCCAAACCAGGGGGGUACCUAUGCCUGACCACGCGCAGCAACAAAAGCAACCUGCCCUUCAAGGCGGAGCUGGAGAAAGUCCUGGACGACCUGGAACAGAGAGGAUUGUGGGGGAAAGUCAUGGUGGAGGAAGUGGAGCAAUGGGAGAGGGCCACUUCGGAGGAGGAGUCUGGGCACGGCUCGGACUACAUCCCAGGCAUGAUCUAUCUGUAUCGAAAGAGCGGAGGACAAGACUGAAGAGGUUGCUUUCCCCUAGCUUAGAUCCAACACUGAUGUUCUGGACCAUGUGCAGAGUGCCUUUCCUUCACUGCAGCACCAGAACCAAUGUUUAGGAUCAUGUCUCAGAGUAUGUGCAGAGUGCCUUCCCCAUCUAUGCCUUUUGCUGCCUUUGCCGCUCUGAUGUUUGGCCGUACGUGUUCCAUUUUUCAUCUAGAGUUACUUGCGGAUGUGUUUCCCCUUUUCCCCACAGAACACCAAAGCGAGGAAGGUCUUUAUAGGUGCGUGCGUUCGCUCACCACUCGCACCACAACUGGCUAAACUGGUUUCUCAUCCCCGGCAGACAGAAAAAGGUUUAUGACCAGUGCAUUAUGCGCUGCAGGAAGCCAUAGCUCAGCGGGGAUGGAUCUCUCCACUAAAGGGAUCAGCUUGGGUUGCCAUCGCUGAACAGAAAAGACAACAAAAAGGAGAUCCCAGAGGAUUAGCAUGAUGUACACAACACUUAGGGGCAGCCAGCCUGGUGUGGUGGUUUGAGGGUUGCGCUCAAUGGACCUGCCCAUUAAAGCAGUGUCAAACUGGGUUAUUUCUGCAGGGCAGACACUUGAAGAAAGAAACAGGCAAACGUGUGCACAGGUUUUUGGUGUUCUUUAAUAGAAAUUGUCAGGUUGGAAGCAAGUUAUUCUAGUCUUUACCAUCUCACAACAACUGUAAUAAAACACAAAGCAAAGUC